AUGAAUACAUCUACAAUAAUAGAAGAUUCAAUCUCUCAAUUGAAUUCUAUUCUUUCUACUGCUCAUGAACAAUUUAUUUCGAAUCCUAAUGAUUUUUUUUCUCAAGAUCGUAUUUCAUCAUUAGGUAAAUACAUAUCAAUUCUGGUCAAUCUUUGUAAUUUGCUUAAUUUGUCUGAUUAUAAUGAAUUAAAACAACAUCUAGAAAAUUCAUCUUUCUCUGAUCUUCGAAUUCGAUGGAAUAAUUUUCUAUCUGAAGUUGAUAAUCAAUCUAUACUUUCAUCUUCAUAUCCAUCUACAUUACCUUCCGAUAUUCAACUUUUGAAUAUCAAUAAUGAUGAAUUGAUUGAUUUAAAAAAACAUGUGCAACUGUUGACAACUUUAAAUCAAUGUCAUAUUGUCAUUGUUAGUUUUACAUCAUCAAUUGAUAGCGCCCGUCAAUGGAAAAAUGAAGUUCAAUGUCCUUUUGAUAUCUAUUGUGAUAGUGAUCGUUGUCUCUACCGACAUUUUGGAUUUCCUAAUAAAGCAUAUGCUCGUGUAUGGAAUGUUCAAACAUUAGAUUAUUAUGUCGAACAAAAAUUAAGUGGAAAACAAUUACCAACGAAAUUAGACAAAAAUGACGAUCCAAAUCAGAUGGGUGGUAAUGCUAUUAUUGAUCGAAAUGGUCGAGUUAUUUGGGUUUACAAGAGUAAAACACCUACAGAUCGACCAAGUGUCAAACAGUUGCAAUUUAUCUUAGAACAAUCGAUCCAUGACGAUAGUCAUCUCAACUUCGAUACAACAUGA